AUAGGCACAAGAACCCUAGACGCCAAGAGCGCCGGCGGCGCCCACAGCGAGAUGGCCGGAAAGUCCAAGAGGACAACUGCACCGGUGCCUCCGGAAUCCCCAUGGCCGACGGCUCAACCCGUCCGGCCACCAGCAGCUCAGCCCGUCCCUCCGGCAAUGGCUCAAUCCAUCCCGCUGCCGGCCAUCCCUUCCAUGUUUGCAAGUGGCUCAUGGUUACCACCACGACCACCACAGUCCAUGGCAGCCUCCUCCCCACCGUGCUGGCUCGCUGGGGUAGCUCAACCGAGCGAUUUUUUGGCUCAAGGUUCUUGGUGGACACCGCCUGCUGGAACUGGUGGCUCAGCACAACCUACACCCCCGGCUGGGAAUCUUGAGGCGUAUAAUCUGCAAGCUUGGGGAUUUGAUUCUCAUUCACCUGGUGAUUUCCCCAGUUUCUUUGCGAACACAUCAAGCCACACACAGGCUGUGGAAAAUGGAACUUCAUCGCAGCCAAUCAAUGUUGGCGAUAACGCCAAUGGUGAUGAUUGUACAAGGACUGAAAAACGCUUGCUAUGGACAAAAGAGGAGGAUCUUAGAUUGGUCGGUGCUUGGUUGAAUAAUUCAAACGAUCCAAUCCAAUCAAAUUACCGGAAGAACGAGCAAUAUUGGAAAGAGGUUGCUGCUGUCUACAACAGUACCACCCCAAAAAACAGGGCAAGGCUAGUCAAGCAUGUGAAGGAUCGCUUUGCAAAAAUUAAGAAAAAGGUUGCAUGGUUUUGUGCAAGCUGGAAGGAGGCUAAUGCUUUGUAUGCUAGUGGCGAAUCUGAUGUAGAUUUGAAGAAGAGGGCAAUGCAAACUUAUGAGGAAGAUCACAAAGAAGAUGGCCCAUUUAUGUUUCAUCAUUGUUGGGAGGUUCUCAAAAAGGAACCAAAAUGGGAUGCAUAUUUGGAGCGCCUUGAAGAUCCGGAGCCGGAGAGGAGAAAGUUUAGUGUUGAUGAUGAAGUGGGAAGCAUUUCACUCUAG